AUGUUCUGGACAGCGAACGGCAAAAGCCACUUACCUCCAGAGAAAAAAGCUGAAAAGAACGAAAAACUGGAUUUUUGUAGGAAAUUAAUUUGCGAUUUUAACGACCUUGAAGACUGUGGCUUGGGCUGCGAACUGCUUCGGCUUUCAUAUUGCUUUCUCUUUGCUCGAAACACAAAUAGAACUGCAAUAUUAGAUAAAGACGGAACUAAGUGGAGAUACACUGAAAAUGGUUGGAAUCGGUUGUUCAAACCUGUAACAAAUUGUUCCUAUUAUCAAAUUGCAAAGGACAAUGAUAUAAUUGUUACUUGGAGGACUAUAAAUAACCAGAGCAAAGUCAUGUUUCUUCAUUUCUUUGAUGACAAUGAACAAAAUUUUUUAGAACCCAAUAUACCAAAAGCUUACCGUGCUCUUGAAUAUCUUCAUUCAAACCCAUAUGUCUUUUUUAUAAGUCAGUAUAAGAAGUUCUUUAUGAGACUUUCGGAAAAUAUGGCAGAUCCUGUUGCAAAAGCACUCAAAAACAUCACGUUUAGCAGUGGUAAAAACGAUUAUGGUUAUCUUUAA